CGCUACUCGAUCCACCUUGUUCAGUGAGUGAACGUCGAACGAGUUUAGAUCUUUUGUCGAAAACCCAUGGCCUCAAAUCAAGCUCGGAGGAGUCGAAGCCGGUCUAGAAGCCAAGAUAGAAACACUUAUGACAGGAGAACUACGAGGAACAGAGAGUCCUUUACAGCAGACAGAAAUAUUUCUGGUCAUAGCCGACGUUUAGGAACGGAUACCGAGAGGGACGCACCUCGUCGGUCUCGAUCCCCUCUUCGCUCACGUAGGCGCUCAAGAUCACGGUCUCGCAGCCCCAGGCGUAAUCGCCAAUUGCCAAGGUCUCGGUCCCGCUCCCGUGGUCCCGAGCGCUCACACUCUAGGGAAAGGCAUGAACGUCCUAAAGACAGAGGAAAGCACAGGCACAAGCGUUCACGCUCUCGUUCAAGUUCUGCAUCAAGUUUAUCUGACACUGAUUCGGAGCGAAGACGUCGUAAGAAAAAAGACAAGCACCGCAGUCGUGAGGAGAAGAGGGAAAGAAAAAGAGAAAAGAAAGAAAAGAAAGUGAGUAGUCCUAAGAAUUAUAACCAUCAGCGAACCCGUUUCUCGCAGAAGAAAAGGCAUGGGACGGCCUCUGGUGCUCAGUGGGGUAAAUACGGAAUUAUCAGUGAAACUGAGUCAGUUCAUUUGCAACAGCCGCGGCUGUAUGGCUAAUUUUGUCCCCUAGCUUCUACAACAAGACCCAAGAAUUCCGCACGUGGCUUCUGGAAGAGCGCAAAAUAAACCCGGAGGCCAUAUCCAAGGACCAGGAGCGCAAAGAAU